CACAACUUCAAAACUUUGAACCAUCCUGCUACUACAAUUAAAUCCUUUAAUAUUCCUAUCUAAUAUCCCUAUUCUCUGCUCUCUGUCCAUUUUCCUUUGUUUUAACAAGUUUCGAGAUCACAAUGGGAAACAGCGAAACAUCAUCACUACUUCCAAAUACUCAAAAUAAACCGUAUGGAAAGAAAGAAGAAAGAAAAGGAGAAGCGAACGAAGGGUCUUCAAGCACUAAUGAGCCCAAAAUCCCCAAGCCAACCAAGCAUGAGCCCAAAAUCCCCGAGCCAGCCAAGCCAACAAUACAUUGCAUUGCUGAGAGGAAAGCAAGAUCUUUUGCCGUAAAUAUCUCUCCCGGUUGUUCAGAUAAGUUGGACGUGAUGACCAGCCGAACGGCAUCUGUUAUUGGCAAGCAGGCGCCGCAAGCCCCGAGAUGCCCAAAAAGGGACCUAGAAGACGUAGGAGACGAGAGUUCAAGAGGUGAGUUGAUCACUCCGACUAUAUCUAUGGUUUGAUAAUUCUUGAGGAUGCUCGUUUAUUACAUACUCACGCCAUCCCACUAUUCUUAUAUACUCAAAGAGCGCUAUUCGAAACGCCGUCGCCCCUCGAUACCCAAAGGACCGUU